AUAUGUUUCUCGAUCUUUUGGUCCUUUGCCUCCCGAUUCCUAUGGCGUGGCGUGUGAAGACUACCGUUCGACAGAAGUGGGUUUUGACGGGAGUGUUUCUGCUUGGUGGCUUUGUCUGUGUAGUCUCAAUUCUCCGCAUCGUCAGUUUCGACCUUUCAGACGUGAAUGAUCCCACUUAUACGAGUAUCGAUCCAUCAACUUGGUCCUCAGUUGAGCAGUCUCUUGGAAUAAUUUGUGCCUGUCUUCCUACUCUUCGACCUCUUAUUCGACGGCUUCUCGGUUCUUCGGUGGCAUCUUUGAGCAGUCCUGCUUCUGACUCCCAGAUACGGUUGCCGGCGCCUGUUGACGAGGAGAGUGGUAUCAUGGGAACUACCCUGUCAUCUGCACCGCAUGCGCACAUUCGCGCCACUUCAAACCAGCUAUACAUGUUCCAAACUGUCAACCAAUCUUCAGAGUCCCGCCAGGGUGAUAUCUGUCCUAUUUCUCGAUUUUCUCAGACAAACGAGAUGAGUAGCCCUGUUUCUGCGGCUGAAUCAUUUGCUUGA